AAAAAGCAAUCUGAAAAAAAAUUACCAAACACAUAUAAUCUAAAAAUACUAUACCACUAUAGGACCGCAAUUCUAAACACAUCCUAAAAUCCUCUAGUGGAAGCUCAGCUCUCUGUGUUGUUAAUGAAGAUUUGGCCAAACUUCCCAUUUUACCCUUGCAUAUUGACAUAUUUGUGACAAAAUAACUAACAACUUCAUAUCUUAUUGCAUGAAAAAUCCCAACUUGUCUGGUAAAACUCAAAUCUGAAGCUUGAAAGCAGUGUGUUAAUGGCAAAUAUGAGAAACCCUUUAGGAAGAAAGGAUUCAAAGGAAUGAAGAGUAAAAGUGUUAAUAAAGGGUUUGGAAAGUCAUGAAGAAAAAUUAUGAAAUAGAGGGAAUUUUGGGGAAGAGGUGAAGAUGGUGGUCGUGAAACUGCAAACACCUCCAGUUGUGGAAUGAAUAGGGAAUGCUCUAAUGAUGCUCUCUUUGAUGUUGUUUCUUCUCAUCAAAAUCGCUACUUUCUGUUCUUCUUCCUUGUCCGUAACUUGAAGGCUCAGUGGGUGCUCCUUCUGCAAAAUUUUGGUUCUAAGUCACCAUUAUCUCCUUGAAACCUUGAAUACUUGCUGUUGUAAGCCUACAAGAAGAGGUAAGUAAAAGUAUGGUAAUGCCUUUGGAUUUGAGGUAAAGUUUUUUUGAAAGCAUAUUUCUGAUGGUUUUUGAAAUGGUAGCGGGAUUAAACCCGUUUUACACAAACACGAGCAUGAUUGGUUUGAAGUGAAAUUAUUAUCAUUUUCAUUGAGUUGAGCAUGCUUACUUGGAGUUUACUUGACUGUCUUGAUGAUCUGGAAAUUAUUUGUAAAUUAUGGUUUUCUUGUUAACUCCUCCCUGGUUUUAUCUCCAAUAUGGUCAUGUUUUACUGUGCUCAUUAGUGGGAGGUUUAUAAACAUUAGCACAUGUCGACAUGUUACUUAUGGAAUCGGUUCAUUCUUGUUAUAUUUGUUAUCUUGCUAGUAGGAAUAUACACUAGCAAAUCUUGUGCCUGCUAGUGGUAGGUUUAUAAAUGCUGGCCAUGACCUAUAGAGGAGACAUCUAUUUACACUUGUUAGCAUGCUUUACGCAUUCAAUAAUGGCUAUUCAUAUUUUACUUACUAAGUUGUCUCACUAGUUUUUCCUUGUUCACCAUUUUAGGUUGUGUGACCCGAGAUGUGGGAAACCAAGGGAAGUGACAAGUGAGGAGGCUAGUUACUUGUAUUUUGGGCAUAGAUUUUUUUUGAAAUAUAGAUCAUUCAUUUAUAAACUAGAUUUUACUUU